AUGUCUUUUUCUCUCGACAUUAGUCGGUCUUUGCGGAGAACAGGUCUUUCCCAAAAGGGCAGCUUCUCCUCCGCUGGCAAGGCUUUAUCGCUAUGUGCGGCCGCAAGCCACGACGCCAAGCCCCAAGGGAACGCCAAAGUCCAUCUGGUCGAACUCACUUCGCGCGAUCUCUGUCAAAGGCUUGAUUUUGAUGCCGCAGUCCAUGGUUAUUCAGAAUCUUCAGCCGGAAUUACCGGCGUCAUCUCGUCCUUGUGUAUCAAACCACAAUUCCGUACAAACCAUGCCAUCGCAAGGGGGUCGAUUUCUAUAUCAAGGGGUGAGAGAGCCCAGUCUUCGAGCAAGUCUUUCUCUCCAUCAACCACUGCAACAAGUUCCAUGAAACAGUUCAAGGCAAUCAUCACCAGACACAAGUCCAAUAAGACCACAUCCUCUUCCCAGCAAGGCACUCCAAGCACUACUACACCCACGACACAAGCGCCAACCGCAUCCAAACCCAUCGCUAUGUCUUCCGCUCCUCUCUCAGGCAAAGUCGCCGUCAUCACCGGUGGCACAAAGGGCAUUGGCGCAAGCACUGCAACGCUCCUAGUCAAACUCGGAGCCAAAGUCGUCGUCAACUAUGGCCGCGACACAGCGGCAGCGGAGAAGAUCGUCUCGCAACUCGGCAGCGACAAUGCUUACGCGGUCCAAGCCGACGCAGGGACGGUAGCCGGCGUCGAACAGUUGGUGAAGGCCACGGUAGAGAAGUUCGGGAAGAUCGACAUCCUGGUCCCUAAUGCGGGGAUCCUGCCCAUGAAGACGGUCGAAUCGUGUACAGAAGAGGACUUCGACCGGACAUUCAACCUCAACGUCAAGGGACCUUUCUUCCUCGUUCAAAAGGCUCUGCCGCACAUGGCGCCGGGAAGCAGCAUCGUGCUGAUAUCCACGACCCUUUGCCACGCCUCGACCGUCAACGGACCUUACACGCUGUACUGCUCGACGAAGGGCGCCAUCGAACAACUGACGCGCCUCCUCUCCAAGGACCUGCUCUCCAGGAAAGGCAUCCGAGUGAACGCCAUUGCCCCGGGCCCGACAGCGACCGAUCUCUUCCUGGAGGGCAAGAGCGAGCAGGUGCUCAAGACUCUAGCGAGCUUCCACCCGGCUAACCGAAUCGGCAAGCCCGAGGAGAUUGCGCAGGCGAUCGCUUUCCUGUGCGGCGAGGGCGCCGAGUGGGUGAGCGGGCAGACGAUCCGGGUGAACGGCGGUAUGGCCUGA